UCAGUUUAAAUUGUAAAAACCUAAAAAAUAUAAUUUUUUUGCAACUACGUAAAUUGAUUCAUAUCUUCAUAAUAUUCAAACGUCUUUAAGGCAAUAUAAACAAGAGCAAUCAAUUUAUAUCCAGUUUAUUGAAAGUCAAUCAAGACAUGUUGAGUGUUGUUGACAAGGUUGUGAUAGUGACAGGAGGCUCCAAUGGCAUAGGAGCAGAAAUUGUAGCACAAUUCCUACAAGCAGGCGCUAAAUAUGUCGCCAUUUUGGAUAUUAACAAAGAUGCAGGGAUAUCUUUAGAAAACAAAUUGAAUAAAAAACAUGGUGAAAGAGCGAAAUUCAUCGAAUGUGAUGUUACAAAAGACGGUGAUUUGAAAACUGCAUUCGACGAAGUCAUAGUAGAAAAUGGAUACAUUGAUCUAGUAGUCAAUAAUGCUGGUAUCGGUGAUGAAAGAAAGUAUAAAAGUGUUAUAGAAAUAAAUGUAACUGCCUUGGUUACAUCUACUCUAAUGUCCUUGGAAUUGAUGAGAAAGGACAAAGGUGGAAGAGGAGGAACCAUCAUAAACAUUUCUUCUAUUGGUGCCUUGAGUUUAAAAUGCCCAACAUUGUUCAUUUAUUGCGCUACGAAAGCAGCUGUCCUUCAGUUCACCACUGCUAUGGGGAUGAAGCCAUAUUAUGACAAAACAAAUGUUCGUAUGAUAUGUGUUUGCUUUGGAAUUACAAACACCGAUAUUAUACCUAAUUUACAUAGUUUUGAUCCCGAAGUUACGGAGAGCAUACCAAAAUUGGUGCAAUCGUAUUGUGUUGCCCAAUCCCCGGAAGACGCUGGGAAAGGCGUUGUAGAAGUUUAUGAGAAAGCAGACUCUGGAAGUGUUUGGUUUAUAGCGUCAUCUGAACCACCGAAAAAUAUAACUGAAAAUAUAGAAUCCGCAUACGGGAUGAUGUUGGGAGAAUAAAU